UUAGAGGCGCUGCGUAACAAUCCUCGAAAUAUAUGUACUUAUAUACAUGUAUAUUUCAUAUAUGUAUGCUUGAGAACACUAUUCUUGGAUAAACGUUAAUUGCAAGGUGAAACCAUUAUGAUACAUUUAUGUCAGCGUCUAGUAAGAAUUUCAUCAAAGUACCAUGUGCGAGCUACCACAAAGGUAAUGUUGGUACAUCACAAAAGUAAUGGGGAACACCCGACCGCUGGAUUAAUUGUUGUUGGGGAUGAAAUUUUGAAAGCACAAGUGAAAGAUACUAAUUCUUUCUAUGCGAGCAAUUUACUCUACAAGCAUGGAAUCAAGGUUCAAAAAAUUUCAGUUGUUCAAGACAACAUCCAAGAUAUUGCAAAAGAGAUGAAAUACUUUUCUGAAAGUUUUAAUUAUGUUUUUACAACUGGGGGUAUAGGACCGACUCAUGAUGAUGUUACGUACGAGGGUUUAGCAUUAGCCUUUGACGAUACAAUGCAUUAUCAUCCAAGACUGGUGGACAUUGUGAAGAAUCGCUUUGGCUAUGAUGCUUUUCCAUCUCCUGGUUACAAAAUGGCAUAUGUACCAACUAAAUCAAUUCUUAAAUUUGGAAUAAAUGAAGCUACAGGAGAAGCAUUUUCUUAUCCAUGCAUAGCGGUACAGAAUGUUUUCGUCUUUCCUGGAUCACCCAUGUUCUUUGAAUCUUCUUUUCAGGCAUUGUGCAAGGAGCUUUUUGCUGGGCACAAAUGUUUUGCAACUACCGAAGUGUACAUAAAUGCCAGGGAGGAAUCGUUUGCGAAUAUUUUAGAAGAGCUUGCACGGAAAUAUUCAAAUGUAUCGUUUGGGUCGUAUCCAGAACAAAAUAGAUAUUAUAAAGCGCGUAUCACAAUAGAGAGUAAGAACGAGGAAGACACCAAGGUUGCUAGAAAAAUGCUUUGCUCACGUAUUCCGAGCGAUGUACUUGUACAGUACGAUUGCGAGCCUCACGUUGAUUGCCUGAUGAAAUACGAAAAAUUACUUCAACGGUCAGAACGUCGGUCGAUUUAUGAGAAAUCCUUCGAAAAAUUCGUAGAUUAUUAUAGGAAGCCUGAUGAAGUUUGGAUAUGUUUGGAUGGUAGUGAUGAAUCAGUGGUUAUGAUACAUCUUGCUCGCGUUGCUGAUACUAAACUGCGACAACCUUUGAAAACAAAAUUACACGGCAUUUGUUUCGAACUCGAUGAUUUUAAAUCGGAUAUGAAUGGUUUUUUCGAGGAAAUUAGCGACAGGUACGAUGUCGAAUUGUGUAAGCUACGAAGCAAUGAAAUGAACUGUUAUCAGGAGGUCGAACGGUUGAUUUCAUCGAGACCGGAAUUGCGAAUAUUAUUAGUAGGAAAACGAUCUAGUGCCAACAGAAGGGAAAUUUACGAGAAUCUUGUUCGGCUGAAUAACAACGUUUCCGUGCACGUACAAAUACACUUUCCUCUUAGCAACUGGGCGAACAAAGAUGUCGCAAGUUUCGUCGAGUCUCUCUCACUGCCUUAUUAUACAGCACAUGAAACUCGGUCAUUCCGAUGAAAGAUGAACAUCAUCCCUUGAAAUACAAAGAAAAGUUAGAGCGGCGAUGAACGCGGAAUUGAAUUACGACACUUAUGUAAUUAUUAGGCGAUGAGCUUUAAUUGCUAUUAAAAGACGAAAG